AGGCGGUGUCUGCGCGUCCGUCCGGCCGCACCAGGAAACCCAACACCGCGGAGGGGGGGACAAAGGCUGCGCUGUCCCCUCCUGUGGCGUGGCUAUAAAACCUCCCGAAACCUCCCCAACCCCCCCGACACCUCCCAGGGGCCACGACCCGCCCGCAGCUCUCUCACCACAGCGAGGGCCCUGCAGGUCUGGGACCCCUCAGAGCCGCUUCACCCUGGGCUGGGGGAGGGCAGAGGGUCUCCCUGGGACACCCCUCAGGGUGCAAUCCCCUCCUGGAUCCUGUCCCUGUGCCCCCAGCGUGUGCGGGGCCAUGGCCACGGGCGAGCUGACCGAGCUGGAAUUGGCCAUCGAGAAGAUCAUCGACAUCUUCAUCACCUGUGCGGGCAAGGAGGGCAGGAAGGGCACCCUGAGCACCAGCGAGUUCAAGGAGCUGGUCCAGUUCCAUCUGCCCAACCUGAUGAAGGACGUGCCCUCUCUGGAGGAGAAGAUGAGCGAGCUGGACGUGAACAACGACGAGGAGCUGAGAUUUGGGGAGUUCUGGCGGCUCAUCGGGGAGUUGGCCAAGACCAUGAGGAGAGAGAAAAUGGGGAAGAAGUGACGGGGCCAUGGGAGACUCAGCUGACGUGGAGCAAAUAAAAGAGGUUUCCCUGA